AUGCUCCCUAGCGCCUGGCUGUGCUGGGCCUCUCUCCUACUCCUGGCUAGGCCUGGCCAGCCCUGCCCUGUGGGCUGUGAUUGCUUCAUCCGGGAGGUGUUCUGCUCGGAUGAGGACACGACCGCCAUCCCACCGGACAUCCCACCGCACACCACAGACAUCGUCUUUGUGGAGACCUCGUUCACCACGGUGGAAACCAGGGCCUUCUGUGGUAGCCCCAACCUGACCAAGGUGGUCUUCCUCAACACCCAGCUCCGCCACUUUGAGCCCGAUGCCUUUGGGGGGCUGCCCGGGCUGGAGGACCUGGAGAUCACAGGCAGCAGCUUCUCCAACCUCAGCGCCGACGUCUUCUCCAACCUCACGUCGCUGGGCAAGCUCACCCUCAACUUCAACGUGCUGGAGGCGCUGCCUGAGGGCCUCUUCCACCACAUGGAUGCCCUGGAAUCCCUGCAGCUGCAGGGAAAUCGGCUUCAGAUCCUGCCCGGGAGGCUCUUCCAGCCUCUGAUGCAUCUGAAGACCCUCAACCUGGCCCAGAACCUCCUGGCCUGGCUCCCCGAGGACCUGUUCCACCCGCUCGCAGGCCUGCAGACCCUGAGGCUGAGCAACAACGCGCUCUCCAGCCUACCCCGGGGUGUGUUCAGCAGCCUGGGUGGCCUAAAGGAGCUCUUCCUGGAUGGCAACGCCCUCUCGGAGCUGCCCCCCACCGUGUUCUCGCAGCUUCUCCGCCUGGAGAGGCUGUGGCUGCAGCAUAAUGCCCUCAUGCACCUGCCACUGCCCAUCUUCUCCUCCCUGGGCCGCCUGGCCUUCCUCAGCCUGCAGGGAAACCGGCUGCAGGAACUGCCAGCUGGCCUCUUUGCCCACACCCUGGGCCUGGCCGGCCUGUCCCUGUCCCAUAACCGGCUAGAGACGGUCGCCGAGGGCACCUUUGGCCACCUGUCCAACCUGAGCUCCCUCACGCUCUCACACAACGCCAUCGCCCACCUCCCCGCCGACGUCUUCAGGGGCCUCGGGGAGCUGGUGACGCUCUACCUGGGCAGCAACAAUCUGACGACCUUGCACCCUGCGCUCUUCCAGAACCUGUCCAAGCUGGAGCUGCUUAGCCUCUCCAGGAACCAGCUGACUGCCCUCCCGCAGGGUAUCUUCGACACCAACGACAAUCUGUUCAACCUGGCCCUGCAUGGCAACCCCUGGCAGUGUGACUGCCACCUGGCCUACCUCUUAAGCUGGCUCCGCCAGUUCACCGACCGGCUCCUGAACAUCCAGGCCUACUGCGCGGGUCCUGCCUACCUCAAGGGCCAGGUGCUGCCCGCCUUGAAGGAGGAGCAGCUAGUGUGUCCCGUCACCCAGGACUCUCUGGGCUUCCAGGCCCUGGGGCUGGAUGAUAAGGAGCUGGGGGGCAGCUGGAAUCUGGCUGUGGAGGCACGGGCUGCCCAGAGCUCGUGUACCUACAGCAACCCCGAGGGCACCGUGGUGCUUGCCUGUGACGAGGCCCAGUGUCGCUGGCUGAGUAUCCGGCUGUCUCCCAGGCAGGACUUGGGCUCCCCCGGACUGAGGUUCAACGCCAGCCAGGAGUGGGACCUGAGGUCAAGCUGCGGCUCUGUUCGGGUCACUGUGUCUCUUGAGGCUCUGGCAGGGGGGCCCUAG